AAAUAGAGUAGAUUACAUUUAUUACUCCGUAGAAGCGUUAUACAGCGAGUUGCUGUUAAAAGAAAGCAUAAAGGCCCUUUUUAUUUUCUCUCCACUCACUACUCGAGAUCAAUACACUACUGCAUUCUCCAAGUGCACUGCAAAAACAAAUUCAAGCGUAAACACGCAAAUUAAAUAAUCCAAGCAAAACUGGUGAAGCGGCAGUGCGAUUGAUUGUGCUUCUCUUAAGGGUCGCUCCUCCAGCCGUAUUCGUGAAGUUGCUUAUAUAAGGAGUUACAAUACAAGAUUUGAUCUUAAUUCUCCUGCAUCAAAUAUUUAGCGUGAGAUAGUGACAUUUCACAACAAGAUCUAGCCUAGGCAUCAGCCCGUGAAAGACAAGGAAAAUAAAAAUGUUAACCGAAAAACAGGGUGAGGAAUCAAUCGUGUCGAACUUUAACGAUAAUGAGAGUAACAUAAACAAUAAGGAAGGUGGUGAUGGCGGCAAAGAGGAUGAUCAGUCCAUGUUUGGCAUUAAGAGUUUCCUCUGGCACGGUGGUUCGGUUUGGGAUGCCUGGUUUAGUUGUGCUUCGAAUCAAGUGGCACAAGUGCUACUUACUCUUCCAUACUCUUUUUCGCAAUUAGGAAUGCUUUCGGGAAUACUACUUCAGAUAUUCUACGGCUUUUUGGGCAGCUGGACAGCGUAUCUCAUCAGUGUUCUAUAUGUUGAGUACCGGAGUCGGAAGGAGAAGGAAGGUGUCAACUUCAAAAACCAUGUCAUUCAGUGGUUUGAAGUUCUGGAUGGAUUAUUGGGACCCUAUUGGAAAGCUGUCGGUCUAGCCUUCAAUGUAAUUUUCCUUUGCUUCGGAUCUGUUAUUCAGCUCAUUGCUUGUGCAAGUAACAUAUACUACAUCAAUGAUCAUUUGGACAAACGCACAUGGACUUACAUAUUCGGAGCAUGCUGUGCUACAACUGUGUUCAUCCCCUCUUUCCAUAACUACCGCCUUUGGUCUUUUCUUGGCCUUGGCAUGACUACGUACACGGCUUGGUACAUGGCCAUUGCAUCUCUCGUCCAUGGACAGGUUGAAGGGGUAACACAUUCCGGGCCAUCGAAGCUAGUGCUGUAUUUUACGGGCGCCACUAACAUAUUGUAUACGUUUGGUGGACAUGCCGUCACUGUGGAAAUAAUGCAUGCCAUGUGGAAACCUCAAAAGUUCAAGUACAUUUAUCUGCUGGCCACACUCUAUGUAUUCACUCUAACACUUCCGUCUGCUGCGGCUGUCUACUGGGCCUUUGGUGAUGAACUUCUCAACCAUUCAAAUGCUUUCUCUCUCUUACCUAAAUCGGGUUUCCGUGAUGCCGCCGUUAUACUCAUGCUUAUCCAUCAGUUCAUUACAUUUGGGUUUGCAUGUACACCAUUAUACUUCAUAUGGGAGAAAGUGAUUGGAAUGCAUGACACAAAGAGUUUAUGUUUGAGAGCUCUAGUAAGGCUUCCAGUGGUGAUACCAAUUUGGUUUUUAGCAAUUAUAUUCCCUUUCUUUGGGCCCAUUAAUUCUGCUGUGGGUGCCCUCUUGGUUAGUUUCACUGUCUAUAUCAUCCCAGCUCUUGCCCAUAUGCUCACUUAUAAAGACGCCUCCGCAAGAAAGAAUGCUGCAGAGAAACCUCCAUCCUUCUUUCCAAGUUGGGCAGGAAUGUACGCAGUGAAUAUGUUUAUAGUUGUUUGGGUAUUGAUAGUAGGAUUUGGUUUCGGAGGAUGGGCUAGCAUGACCAACUUUGUAAGGCAGAUUGACACAUUUGGACUCUUUGCUAAGUGUUACCAAUGUAAUCCUCCACCAACACAUCCUUCCAGUGCUUCUCCGCCACCUCUUCCUCCACGGCACUGAUCGAUUCUCCUUCCUCAAAUGCAUGCAUCGAGCGAGCACUCCCGUGGUAGACAACUACAAGACAAAAAAAUUGGGUAUUAAAAGACCAACUCAACCAAAAGUUUAAGUUGAUGGUAAGACCCUGAAAUAUAUUUUAUACUUUAUUAUUGGGUUAAAUCAUUCUGCAUUUUGUAACAUACUGGGAAAAAUGAAACUGUAGCUAUAUUUUGUCUAUUAUUAUAGUAAACAAUGCUUUGGUUUAUACUUUUUUACUUGAAUUUUAUUUUUAUUUUUAUUUUUUUUAAGGAUUUCUUAUUUAAUUUAAGGGAUUAGAGAUCAAUCAUGGAGUGUGUUGAAGAAUAUUUAGUUUGAUAAUUUAUUCAAAGAAAUAGAAUUAGUGGUAAAUGAAGUUUGAAGUGUAAACUAUAACUUUUAAUAUUAGCAAGUGAUGUUCGUUGUUUAUUUGUCGUUGUA